AUGCGCUUGACUGGCGCAAUUUACGUUUCGUUUCUCACAUUGACUCCCUUACUGGGACUCGCUGCAGCAUGGACGGAAUUCUCCGACGUGAACCUCGCUACACGAACCUAUUCCCUUUUCGAUGAUCGCCCACCUGGAUGCCCCGAGUGUCCAGCUUGCUUCAACUGCCAACUGGAUAACUACAAUUGUACUCAUUUUGCCGACUGCAACAACUACAAUGGCAAAUGUGCCUGUCCUCCCGGAUUCGGAGGCGAUGACUGCUCAGUUCCUCUUUGCGGUUCGCUGGCCGACGGCUUGAAGCGACCGCAGCGUGAUGCCAAGACUUGUCAGUGCAAGGAUGGCUGGAAAGGCAUCAACUGCAAUGUCUGCGAUUCCGAUGAUGCAUGCAAUGCAAUGAUGCCGGAAGGCGAAGGGGGUGUAUGUCACAAGCAGGGUGUCACUGUUAAGGAGAAUUUCCAAAUGUGUGAUGUGACCAACCGUGCCAUCUUGAAACAGCUUGAUGGCCGCAAACCCCAAGUGACAUUCUCCUGCGAAGCCGAGGAUGAGACCUGUAGUUUCCAGUUUUGGGUGGAUCAAAAGGAAUCAUUUUAUUGCGCCCUAGACACCUGCAAAUGGGAUAUGGAAACGGACUACAACUCCAACAACACCCACUAUAAGUGUGAGCACCUGCAGUGCAAAUGCAUUCCAGGCCGCUUUCUCUGCGGCGAGAAUGGAUCUAUCGAUCUGAGUGACUUCCUUGACCAGGCGAUCAAGGGACCUGCUACUUUUGACACUAAAUCCACACUGGAAGGUUCCAAGAGCGUUUUUUCCGAGCCGCAAAUGAAUGGGCUGAUUUCGGGCGUCUUUGGAGACCCCAGUAUCUUCUUGUCAUGCGAUUCCGGAGAAUGCAUGUACAAGACGGAUGUACCGGGAUACGAGCGCCCUGUGAAGAAAAUCAACACUCCACUCAUCGCCGGCGUGAUUGCAGGGAGCUCGCUGUUUGUCGUUGCUGUCAUUCUGCUGGUCUGGUAUUUGUCUCGUCGUGCUGCGCGCCGAGGCUAUCUUCGUUUGGCUCUCUCAGAUGAUUCGGACGACGAAGCUUCCAGACUUCUGGCAGACCAUCGCCCCGCGGCUUUGUACUGGGACAAUGUGUCCUACAAAUUGAACGGGAAAGAAAUUCUUUCUAAUCUCCAAGGAGCAUCCAUGCCGGGGCAAAUAACAGCUAUCAUGGGUGCAUCCGGUGCCGGCAAAACAUCGUUCCUCGAUAUCCUGGCUCGAAAGAACAAGCGUGGCUCUGUAAACGGUCAAUUCUAUGUCAACGGGGAACAAAUUGAUGAUAAUGACUUCAGAAGCAUGGUCGGCUUCGUGGACCAAGAAGACACCAUGCUUGCCACCUUGACAGUACACGAAACCAUUCUGACGAGUGCCCUGCUCAGGCUUCCACGGGACAUGAGCCGGGCAGCUAAAGAGCAAAGGGUCUCGGAGGUUGAAAAGCAACUCGGUAUUCAUCAUAUCAGAGAUCAAAUGAUUGGAUCGGAGGAAGGAAGUGGCCGUGGUAUCUCCGGCGGAGAGAAGCGGCGCGUUGGGAUUGCUUGCGAGCUGGUUACUAGUCCUAGUAUUCUGUUCCUGGACGAGCCCACCAGCGGACUGGAUGCUUACAAUGCGUUCAACGUUGUUGAAUGUCUGGUAACGCUGGCGAAAACUUACAACCGCACUGUAAUUUUCACCAUCCACCAGCCACGCUCGAACAUUGUUGCCCUAUUCGACCGACUGGUCCUUCUUGCGGCUGGACGCAUUGUGUAUUCUGGCCCCUUCUCGUCCUGUCAGCAGUAUUUCGAUAAUGUGGGCUAUUCGUGCCCACCGGGAUUCAACAUUGCGGAUUACCUUGUCGACCUCACGAUGCAUGCCGGUGCCGCCCACACCUCAUAUUCGGACGAAGUAGCAUCAUCAACAGACGGGUACACCGGCGGCCCACCUAAGACUGCAUCAAGCAGCCUGAGGGCCGUCAAGUCCAUCACCAGCUCGUCAAUCCGGAGCGCUGAAGAGAAUUCAAGCGGUGCAGAGGCGACUCGGAGACCCAAGAACAAACGUCGCGUUUCCUUGAAACAGCGUCAAGAUCGCCAACUUUACUCUCGGAAGCAACACAAUGAUCGUCCGGUCACGCCAAAGACAGACGAUGAGAGUGCUACGUUGGAUGCAGCUGAGAAUCAUGAACAAUGGCUGCGUCUUUCUCGUCAACAGGGCAAUGUUCCUCCUCAGAUCCUUGAUGAUCCUGAUCAGCUCCCGCCUCCCGCAUCUGGCCAGAGUGAUCUUGAUAUUUUGGUGGCUAGCUAUGCUGAUUCAGACGUUUGCCAUUCUGUGCAGGACGAAAUUUCCGCCGCCGUUCAGAAUGCUCAAGCUGCGAACGGCUCGCCGAACUUCCCUAUGCUGUCAGAUACUGUGGCAAAGCCCAAGGGCUAUGCUCGAGUCGGUCUGGCCCGUCAAUUCAUUAUCCUGUCUCAGCGGACAUGGCGUAACCUCUACCGAAACCCGAUGCUCAUGCUCACUCACUAUGCAAUUGCCAUCUUGCUUGCGGUUCUGUCCGGAUACCUCUUCUAUGGCCUCACCGACGACAUCAAGGGCUUCCAGAAUCGUCUUGGCCUCUUCUUCUUCGUCUUGGCGCUAUUUGGGUUCAGCACCCUAACUAGUCUCAAUGUGUUCUCCACGGAGCGACUAUUGUUCGUACGUGAGCGCGCCAACGGUUACUACCAUCCCGUCACAUACUUUGCUUCCAAGGUCGUUUUCGACAUCGUUCCUCUACGGCUGAUCCCUCCCAUCAUCAUGGGCAUCAUUGUCUAUCCAAUGACAGGUCUAAUUCCGGCCUGGCCUGAGUUCUUCCGCUUCUUGCUUGUUUUGGUGCUGUUCAAUCUUGCAGCGGCGAACAUUUGUCUCUUCAUUGGCAUUAUCUUCCGGGAUGGCGGAGUCGCCAACCUUAUCGGCAGUUUGGUGAUGCUUUUCAGCUUGCUCUUCGCUGGUCUCCUGCUGAAUCACGAUGCGAUUCCCCAGUCAGCAUUGUGGCUACAGACGCUGUCCAUCUUCCACUACGGCUUCGAGGCCUUGAUUGUAAAUGAAGUGACUUUCCUCACCUUGAUUGAUCACAAGUACGGGUUGGACAUUGAAGUACCCGGUGCUUCAAUCUUGAGUGCAUUUGGCUUUGAUACCCAGGCCUACUGGAGCGAUGUUAUUGGAUUGGCUGUGAUUUCUGGGGCUUUCAUCAUCAUUGCAUACAGUGCAAUGCAUUUCUUACUUGUUGAGAAACGAUAA